CAGGAAAACGGAGUAAAUACCGGCUUCACCACACACACACGGAACCGGAUCUGGACCUAGGAGAACCGGAACCAGCAGGAGGAGGAAGGGCGGGGCCGUGUGUGUUUAUCAUUAAUCGGAUUAAAGCAGAGACGCUUCCUCCUCCACCUGCGGAGGCCGAACAUGAUUGGCUGCUGACUGAGCGUGACUCAUCAUCAUCACACACACACACACACACACACACUGCUCUCUGACUGUAACCGGAUCAUUUACGGUUCCGCUGGUCCUGGUCCUGGUCCUGGUCCUCAGAGGAAACAUGGAGGAGACCCUGAAGAAGCUGCACAAAGACGCGACCGGACACAAACACAGAGGAAUCCGGGACGCGUGUGUCUACGCCCGCGAGAUGUUGGAGCGUCGCAGCAGAUCAGUGUCUGCGUCUCAGCUGAGAGAGUGUUGUCUGCUUCCCCUGCAGAUGGCGCUGGAGUCUAAAAACACCAGACUGGGACAGACGGCUCUCUCUGGAAUGCAGAAGCUGCUGUGCGAGGACAGGUUUGUGGGCGGAGCCUGCGUGGAGGUGGAGGUGGUGGAGAAGCAGCUGCUCAGUCAGAUGUUGGAGGCUCUCAGAGUGACACCGUGUCUGCAGGAGGACCUGCAGGUGGAGGUGAUGAAGGUGCUGCUGUGCAUCACCUACUCACCAAAUUUUGACAUUAACGGAGACUCCAUCUUGAGGAUUGCUGAGGUGUGUAUCGACACCUACCUGUCCAGCUGUCACCAGCGCAGCAUCAACACUGCGGUCAGAGCGACGCUGAGUCAGAUCCUGGGAGACCUGACACUGCAGCUGCGACACCGACAAGAGGCAGACGGAGAAGAGGUGACGACACUGCCACUGCAGAGGAGAGACAUUUCUCCCACCAGUCAGUCUCUGUGUGAGGACGUGGUCACAGUUCUGACAGUUUUCUGUGAGAAGCUUGAAUCUGUCGACAGUGAGAACCAGCUGCUGCAGCUGCUUUACCUCGAGUGCAUCCUCUCCAUGUUCAGCAGCUGUCCUCCCACAAUGCACCUGUCCAGAGGCUUCACCGACCUCGUGUGGAAGCAGCUGUGUCCGUCCCUCGUGGCGAUCAUGGGAAACCCCGUCAACGACAAAACCAUUACCUCCCACCAUGGCCACAUGGGGGCGUCAGAGAGAGAGCGCCUCUCAGACAGACUCAGUCUAGGGAUCAACCAGGAGGCGGAGUCCUGCGGGGGAGGAGUCUCUGAUCAGGGCAGGGGGUCUGGCUGCUCCUCCAGCGCCCCCGCCAGGAUCGCCCCGGUGGUGCGGACGGUGUGUUACAUCGCGGCGGAGCUGGUGCGUCUGGUGAGCUGCGUGGAAUCCAUGAAACCCGUGCUGCAGUCGCUUUAUCACCGGAUCCUUCUGUACCCGCCCCCUCAACACCGCACUGAGGCCAUACGCAUCAUGAGGGAGAUUGUGGGCAGUCCUCAGCGUCUCUAUGACCUCGCUGGUCCGUCAUUGGUUGAACCUGAAACCAGGAAGCGCUCGUUCUCAAAGAGGAAGUCUCACCUGGACCUGCUGAAACUUGUGAUGGACGGGAUGACGGAAGCGUGUAUGAAGGGCGGGAUCGAGGCGUGUUACUCGUCGGUGUCAUGCGCCUGCGCUCUCCUCGCCGCUCUGGACGAGCUGUCACAUGGUCACGGCCUCCAGCCUGAGCAGGCACGCCUUCUCCUCAGACGAUUGGACGACCUGAAAGAAGGGGCGGAGUCAACACGUGAGUCCAUGGAGAUCAACGAGGCGGACUUCAGGUGGCAGAGACACAUCCUGUCCUCUGAGCAGCCGCUGUGGGACUCCGCCUCCUCCGCCAACAUGGCCGCCACUACGGAGCGCAGCCCCGACAUCAGCAUCAGCAUCACCACGGAGACGGGACAAACCACCCUGGAUCUGGAGGUAGGGGGGCCCGGCCUGGAUACGGGCCACACCCCUCCCGAGGAGCACGGCCAAGACGCUCGCCUGUCGUCGCCUUCACUCUGCGGCGGCGAGGAGGGUACCAAGCGAGACCGGAGCGACGAGCCAGAGCAGGAGGGAGGAGCACGGGAGGGGAGGGUCCAGAGAGGAGGGGGUGUUGUUCCUCCAGACGUGGUCCAGAGGAGCCACGCCCUCGUUUACCCGGACAUCACCAACUUCCUGUCUGUGGAGUCCAGGGCGAGGACGCAUCACGCCGCGGGGUCACGAUACAGCGAGAGCAACUUCAGUAUGGAGGAGCAGGACUUGUCGAGGACAGAGUUCGACUCCUGUGAUCAGUAUUCCAUGGCAGCAGAGAAAGACUCUGGACGCUCUGACGUCUCUGACAUGGGCUCAGACAACGUGUCGCUGGCUGACGAAGAGCAGCAGACGCCGCGCGACUGCUGCGGCCACCGCUCGCUCCGUACGGCCGCCCUCUCCCUCAAACUGCUUCGUCACCAGGAGGCGGACCAACAGAGCGCCAGACUGUUCGUCCAAUCACUGGCGGCGCUGCUGCCGAGGCUGAUGGGUGUCGCCACGGCAACGGAGGUCGACCUGGCUCUGCAGAACUUCUCGUCCAACUUCUGCUCCGGACUGCAGGCUGGUGGGAUUCACUCCCCGGGGUUGGAGGUGGGCGACACUCUGAGCUGUCAGUCACUGAUGAACGCAGACGGACUCUACCUGGUGUCGUAUUACGCUCUGCUGCUCAACCUCAAACUCUGCUGCUGCGACUACUACAGACGCCGAGCGCUGACCCCUGACCUCGGCCUGAAGGAGUUUGUGCGUCUCAUCCAGAGCAGCGGCGUCCUCGUGGUUCUGUCUCAGGCUUGGAUCGAGGAGCUUUAUCACCAGGUGUUAGAGCGCAGCCUGCUGGCUGAGGCUGGUUACUGCGGCUCAACAGAGGAACACACACUGCCACUCAUCACCAUGCUGACAGACAUCGAUGGUCUGGGCAGCAGUGCGAUCGGAGGUCAGCUGAUCAGACGAGCGUCCUGUCAGUCACCGCUCAGCUGUGAGAAGGUCAGCAGUGACACGGCGACAGCAGGAGCUGUGUUCUCGCGCUUCAUCCUCACCGGCGUGUGGAAGAACCUGAUGGACGUGCUGUCCACGCCGCUGACCGGCCGCAUGGCGGGAAGCUCCAGGGGCGUGGCCUUCAUCAGAGAGCAGAGUCAGAGAGAGAGAGACGCCAUCUGUCUGAGUUUAGACGGUCUGAGGAAGGCCGCCGCCCUCAGCUGUGCUCUGGGUGUGGCAGCAAACUGUGCCUCAGCUUUAGCUCAGAUGGCUGCAGCUUCCUGUGUGCAGGAGGAGAAGGAGGAGAGAGAGGCGGGAGAGACGGGGGACGCCAUCACACAAGUGAAGCAGCGUCUCGAGCAGAUGUCUCGUCCUCCCGGCGUCCGUCUCCACACGGCUCACAUGUUGUGUAUGGACGCCAUCUUGAACGUAGGACUGGAGAUGGGCAGUCACAACCAUGACUGCUGGCCACAUGUGUUCAGGGUGACCGAGUACAUCAGUUCACUUGAACACUCCCACUUCAGUGACGGGGCUCCGCCUCCGUCGUCCCUGACGACCAUCACGCAGCAGCAGCAGAGUGUGGAUGUUGGGCAGGAGCCGAGCGGCGAGCUUGGCGCGGAGGCGGAGCUUGGCCUGAGCCGACCUGUCAUCCAGCCUCUGUCCAUCCAGGAGCUGCUGAGGGAGAGCAGAGGGGGAGGGGCAGGAGGGGGGCGGGUCCUGGAGCUGAGGGGCGGGAGCCUGAUGAGCGGCACCGGCGCCGCCAAGGCCGUGUGCACGCUUUCCACGCAGGCGGACAGGUUGUUUGAAGACGCAGCCUCUAAACUGAACCUGGUUGGUUUAGUGUUUUUCCUGCAGCAGCUCAGAAAAGCAUCUCAGUCACAGCUGUUUGACUCAGUCACUGAGACUGGAGACUAUUCACUGGCCAUGCCAGGUGAAGCUAAGUCGACGUCAGAGCACCGCAGUGCCCUCCACCUCUUCCGUUUGGGCGAGGCCAUGCUGCGGAUCGUGAGGAACAAGAACCGACCUUUGCUCCACAUGAUGAGGGCGUGGAGCGUGGUAGCGCCACACCUGGUGGAGGCGGCGUGUCACAAAGAGCGCCACGUGUCGCAGAAAGCCGUUUCCUUCAUCCACGACGUGCUGACGGAGGUGCUGUCCAGCUGGGUGGAGCUUCCACACUUCCACUUCAACGAGGCCCUCUUCAGGCCGUUUGAACACAUCAUGCAGCUGGAGCUCUGCGACGAGGAUGUGCAGGACCAGGUGAUCACGUCGAUCGGCGAGCUGGUGGAGAUGUGCUCUCCUCAGAUUCUGUCCGGCUGGCGUCCGCUCUUCAGCGCUCUGAGGACCGUCCACGGCAGCAAGACGGACACCAAGGACUACCUGCUGGGGGAGUACUCCAUGGGAAAGUCGCAGGCCCCGGUCUUCGACGUCUUCGAGGCUUUCAUCAACACUGACAACAUCCAGGUUUUCGCCAACGCCGCCACCGACUACAUCAUGUGUCUGAUGAAGUUCGUCAAAGGUUUAGGAGAGGUGGACUAUAAGGAGAUUGGAGACUGCGUCCACGCGUCAGCUCACAGCUCGACUGACCUCUGUCUGCCCGCCCUCGACUAUCUACGCAAGUGUUCACAGCUUCUGGCAAAGAUCUACAAGAUGUCGUCCAAGCCCGUGUUCCUGGGGGCACGGCUCGCCAGUCUGCCCAUGAGGUCACAGGAGCGCUCCAUCAGCAGCGAGGACGGGAUGGACUGUGUCCUCCAGGAGUUUGACGAUGACACAGGUCUGAUCCAGGUCUGGAUUCUGUUGUUGGAGCAGCUCACAGCUGCAGUUUCCAACUGUCCUCGAAAACAUCAACCACCAACUCUGGAGCUGCUGUUUACACUGAUGAGAGAAGUGAGCUGUGUCCCAGGUCCAGGCUUUGCCAUCUUUGCCGUCAUCCAGCUUCUGCUUCCUGUGAUGUCACUGUGGCUGCAGCGUAGCCAUGGCGACCACUCUUACUGGGAUGUGGCAGCAGCAAACUUCAAACAUGCCAUUGGUCUGUCCUGUGAGCUGGUGGUCGAACACGUCAACAGUUUCAUCCACUCAGACAUCGGCUACGAGUCGCUGAUAAACCUGAUGUUGAAGGAUCUGUUUAAGCUGCUGGUGGCCUGUGUGUCUGAACCUGCAGAGACCAUCUCCCGAGUGGGCUGCUCCUGCAUCAGGUAUGUGCUGGUCACAGUUGGUCCCGUGUUCACGGAGGAGAUGUGGCGUUUGGCGUGCUGCGCCCUGCAGGACGCUUUCACCGCCACGUUAGAACCUGUCAAGAACCUGCUCGCCUGUUUCCACAGCGGCAGCGACAGUUUCUCAGGAGACGCCUGUGAGGUGAAGGUGGCGGCGCCGUCUCACUCGCCCUCGGCGGAGGCCGAGUACUGGAGGAUCAAAGCUAUGGCUCAGCAGGUUUUCAUGUUGGACUCUCAGUGUUCACCAAAGACGCCAAACAGCAAGGACGGCUUUGAGCACGCUCAGUCCUGUGUCCUCAUCAUCGAGCUGCCGUGUGACCAACAGGCUAAUGGACACACACAGAAGAGGAAAAUUGGGAUCCCGUUCCGGAACAUCGUGGUCAGCCUCCUGUCACACCAGGUCCUGCUGCAGAACCUCUACGACAUCCUGCUGGACGAGUUCGUCAAACAGCCCGAGGGUCAUGAGAGGGUCACGCCCGUGACCUCUGACCCCGGCAAACCCUCCGCGGGCUUCUUACGCUACAUCUCCAUGACCAACUUAGCCAUCAUCCUGGAUCUGCUGCUGGACUCGUACAGGACGGCGCGGGACUUUGACACUCGUCCUGGUCUCAAGUAUCUGCUCAUGAAGGUGUCAGGUGUUUGUGGAGCAGCUAAUCUUUACCGACAGUCGGCCAUGAGCUUCAACCUGUACUUCCAGGCUCUGCUGAGCGCCACCUUGAGUCAGGCUGAGGGAAUGACGCCACAGCAGGUGAAGAGGAUUCUGUACGAGGAAGAAGAGGGGAGUUCUGACUCCUCCCACCCUGGUUCUGCUUCAUCAGAGGACGAAGACAUAUUUGAAGAGACAGCACAGGUCAGUCCUCCUCGUGGGCGGGACAGACGGCACCCGUGGCGAGCGCCCGUGCCGUCGCUCAGCGUGCAACCAGUGGGCGGGGCAGACUGGGCGUGGCUUGUCAAACGCCUGUAUAAGCUGUGCAUGGAUCUGUGUAACAGUUACAUUCAGAUGCACCGCGACCUGGAGAGCACGCUGGAGGAGGUGGCGCUGCUGAGGGGCGGGGCCGACCAUGUCUUCUUCCUGCCACUCUUCCAGUCAGAGACGUCCACACCCACAUCAUUAGGGGGGUUUUCUGCAAGGGGCACACCCUCAGAGGAAGGCGGGUACAAGUGUCAGGUGACGGACGUCAGCACAACGUCACCAGGAGACGUGACCACGCCCAGUCCCGGAUUCAGCUCUACAGGAAGUCUGCCUCACCACUUCCAGUGUGGAGGAGGAGAGAGGCGGGACUCCGGCAUGACGUCGAGCUCGUUAGGAGGCGGAGUUCCGGGUGGCGUUCCUGGACCGGGGCGGAGGAAGGAAUGGUGGGAAAAUGCGGGAAACAAACUUUACACCAUUGCCACGGACAGAAGCAUCAGUAAACUGAUGCUGGAGUACAAACGCAGGAAGCAGCCGCAGCCGGCGCCGCAGAACCUCGUCAACAUGUUCAUGAAGGAGCAGGGCCGCGCCCCCACUGCCGGCACGGCAACAGGGGGAGGAGGAGGAGCCACCGGGGAGAGGAGGAGCCCUGCCGAGCCACAGAGGCCCCUGCAGAGACCUCAGCAGCUGGUGGACCAGCAGGGGCCGCCACUGAGACACUCGGUCAGCGCCGGACCUGAAGUUCUAAGGCAGGAGAGACCGAGGUCCGGGUCAACGGUCAGCUCCCAUAACGUUUCCCUGAGGGACGCCGAGGCCCAAAUACAGGCGUGGACCAACAUGGUCCUGACCCUCCUUAACCACACCCUCCUCCUCUCAGACUCCGCCUUCCUGGCGCUCCAGCCUGCGCUGUACCCGUGCCUCAGUCAGCUGUCCUGUCACGUGACCGACGGCCGUGUCCGCCAGGCGCUGCGUGAGUGGCUCAGCCGCGUGGGACGACUUUAUGACAUCAUCCUGUGAGAGGAGGAGGAGGAAGAGGAAGAGGAGGAGGACGCUGGCAGACAUCAUGUGACUGUGCAAUGAAUUCUGGGAAACUGUGGUUCACGCCCACUUUUACCUUUAUUCGGAGCAGAGCAGAGGCUGAUGGGUAAACGUCAUGUGACUCAGAGAAAGAGGCGGAGUUUACGACACAGUGACAUCAUCAACUGGAAGUUUCAACCUUUGACCAGAGGGGUUGUGACCUUUUGAACCUUCAUGAUGAUGAUGAUGAUGUCAUCGUCUGAAACCAAAGAUGAGUCAGCUGAUCGUCGCUAUCGUGUUUCUUCUUCUUCUUCUUCUUCAUGUGUUUUUUAAAGGUCACACAGGUCGUGCUGCUCUUCUCUGAUUCGUUGUCACGCCGCCGCUCUGUGUGUUGCGUUUAAGGACCGCCGUAAACGCUGGACCCUGUGUGUUUGAACUUUUGUUGUUUACCAUGUUCACAAACUCUUCACUUCUGAAAACUGACAUGACGAUGAUUUUGAAUUUAAAAACGCACGCAGAGAGAACAUGUGAGUGCCAUGCGGUGAGGCCCGCGGCCCCGCUGGGAUUCAAACCCUCUGCAGUGCUGUGUAUGUGACCCGUUGUGUGUGUGAAUGUGUGAAUUUGACCACGUUCGUUUAAACGUGUUUUUGUUUCAGCUUCAUGAAAUAAAAUAUAAACAUUAAAUAAU